GUGUACUUCAAUUAAAUGACCAACUUUAUAGAAUUGAGCUAGUUCAACAGAAGAAUCGAGAUAUUCUUUUCGAAGCCUUGAUGAAGAAAAACCUAACACUACGGCGAACAGUUUCUAUGUACAGAAAGAUUCUUCAUAUCCCUUUUUAUAGUAUUUUCCAUUGAGUAUACCAAAAAGAGAAUGUUUUUUCUGAAAAAACUACUUGGAUCCUGUCUCUUUCUCGGGAGCUUGAUGCAAGCAGUGCAGUCCGUCAGUUGCCAUUCCGAUGAGACAGUUUCUAUUCAAGCAUUAGAAGCUUCCGGUGUUGCUUGGAAAGAACUUGAGCUAACACCUAGUUGCGCUUUGGAUUCAUCCUUGGUAAGCAAUUUGACUGACAAAAACUGGGAUGAGUCGAUCAAGUCUGAUGAAUGGUUGGUUCAACUUACUUUGAAUCCUUGUGAUUUUUGUCUUAAGGAAGACUAUAUUUUCAAUGAUCUAUCCCAUCACAUGAAAGAAACAUACCCCAAUAUCCAAUUUGGCCGAGUAUAUGUAAAUGACAACCCAGAACUGGCUGUUCGUCUAUUGGUGGAAAAGCUCCCUAUUUACUAUUUUAUUAAUGGAGCAAAUUAUUAUACUGUUCCAGCAUCGGAGCUACCAGCCAAGAAGGCAUUAACGGCUUAUUCAAAGCAUAAAUUCUCGGAAUUUGAGAGAGUCAAGGGAUUCUUUUCUUUUGUGGGUCCUUUUAUGAUUUUUUACAAGUUCCUUGGUAAGAUCCUUGCUUUGUAUAGUCGUUUUAGCAGUCCGUAUACGCCUCUUUUGAUUAAUAUUUCUAUGUUUGUUAUGGCGAUGCUCUUUAUUAACAGGUCAAACAAGAGAAGAAGACAAAGAAAGCAAAUAAAAAAAGAAAAGUAAGAAAGCAACAACGAUUCGUCCCGUAUAUGUCUCGUUUGAAAGUUUUGCACGUUGCAAAAGACAACGAGAGAUGUGAUUCUCAAUGCGUGACAAGAAAUCUCUAACGAAGAGCAUAGGUAUUGACUCGUAGAUUAACUUUUAACUUCGAAAAAAAUGAAAAAGUUUCAUCAUUUGAAUUUUGUAGCCGCUUCAGCUGUGAAUUGUCCUCCUCAAGCAAACAAUUUAAUUCCCAG